UUGGAGUGUAUGUACAAUUUUUCCGAAGUAACCUGAUAAUUUGUAUUACAUAUAAUAGUUCGUAUUAUAGCUAAAUAUUAUUGUGGAUAUACUUUAAAUGUCAAAUAAACUUACAACUGAUAAAAAUAAUUAAAAGAAUAAAUUUUCCGAUUUUCUUUUCUUUCGAGGUUUCAACGUGUGAUACUCAUUCAAUCAUGAUUAAAUUAGUGAAUGUCACAAUGCAAGUACGAUUUAUGGCUACCGGUACAAAACUGCAACAGGCAAUGCAGUUAGGACGAAUAUUCAAUAAAGUGAUGCAGUCAGAUCGUACAAAAAAAAAUCUUAAGGCAGCAACAGAACCUCCUCCAGUAGUUAAUUUCAAUAGAGGACCAGUAAAAGCUACUACUCAUAAAAAUCGACGUGUAACAGUUUUAAAUAAAGUUUUUAUGAAAUAUAUAACAGAUUUUAUGGCAACUGGUGAAGUUGGAUCAAAAUUAGUCAACAAAGGAAUUGAAAUUUCUCAUGUAAAUGUUGCAUCUGACUUCAGUGUAGUACAUGUUUAUUGGUUUUCACAAAGUGGCAAUAUUACUGAUGGAUCAGUGCAAAAGUUACUCCACGAAUCAGCAGGUCACUUACAGCAUGAGCUAUCACAACUGCGUGUAAUCGGCAUAGUCCCUCCAAUAAAUUUUAUUAAAAACAAACAGUACAGCGUUGUCAAGGAAGUAGAAGAACUUUUAGCUAAAGUAGAUUUUGGAGAAGACUAUACACCAACAGCUCACAUAAUGAAUGCUAAAGUACCAACUUUGGAAACAUCUUUGUCUGCAGAGCUCAAAACUAAAAUUUUCAAAGUUGAUGGUACUAAUUGCAAUUCAAAUAACAAUGAAAUCUAUAAAUUUGUAAUACCAGAAAUGAGACAAGAUGUUAUGGGAUUUGAUCAUUCAAAAGUUAUGGAAAGGAUCAUGGGAUCAAUAAACAAAGCACAGAUGGCUGAACAAAAUAGAGACACAGAUGUAACAAGUGAGCCAAAAGGCUGUGAGGAACCCACCUCAGAAGUUGUUAUUGAUUUUAUAUCUAACAGAGAACAAAAUAAAUUAUUUGCUGAUUUUCUGAAAAAACGUAAAAUUGAAGAGAAAAAAAAGCAGCGUUCAAUAAACUUACUUGAAGUGAAAAUGCAAGAGGAAAUGCAUUGGCUUGAAAGAAUCAACGAUGACUGGGAGACUAUGGGAGAUAUAAAUAUCGAUGAUGGAGAUAAUAAUCACGAUUUAAGCUCAAAAGACCGUUAAUUUCAACAAAAUUUAAAUAAGUUUAAAAUAUUUGAAGUGAAAAUCGUAUCGUUGUUAAUAAUGAAUAAUAUUAUUUAGUAUAAACAACAAUUGUAAAUAAUAAUAUAUUGAUUAUAAUAAAUUUUGAAGAGAUUUUGGAAUGAUU